GUCCGGACUUCUCCGGGAGAAAAUAAACUGAUGUCAGACAGAACAACUGUAUACUGCGAGCACAUUAGCAUUUUAAGGACUCCGCUCCACAGCAGUCCCGUGUGCCUGAAUGCUGUGGGCUCACAUUUUAACAUCCAACCGCCGUUUUCGUUUGUUUGCUUGUUUGUUUGAUUUUUACUCCACGCUGGAUCUGACUGCCACUUUUUAUCCUCAGAACGCGUGUGACCAACAAAUCAACUCUUGAAUCGGACAUCUAACGUGUCCAUCUUUUUUCUUUUUUCUCUUGUCUUUUUUUCUUUUCUUUUCUGUUGUUUUUAAUGCUACAAUGUCGUCUUUGCCAGGAACGGUACCACGAAUGAUGCGCCCGGCUCCCGGACAGAACUAUCCCCGCACUGGAUUCCCUCUGGAAGUAUCUACUCCUCUGGGCCAGGGACGGGUCAACCAGCUAGGGGGGGUCUUCAUUAACGGCCGACCGUUGCCCAACCAUAUCCGACACAAGAUAGUCGAGAUGGCCCACCACGGGAUCCGGCCCUGCGUCAUUUCGCGCCAACUUCGUGUCUCCCACGGCUGCGUGUCCAAGAUCCUCUGUCGCUACCAAGAGACCGGGUCCAUCCGACCCGGCGCCAUAGGUGGCAGCAAACCCCGGCAGGUAGCCACGCCGGAUGUAGAGAGAAGGAUUGAAGAGUACAAGCGGGACAACCCUGGCAUGUUCAGCUGGGAGAUCCGGGAUAAGCUACUGAAGGACGGGGUGUGUGACAGAAGCACAGUCCCUUCAGUGAGUUCGAUCAGCCGUGUACUUCGCGCUCGUUUUGGGAAAAAGGAAGAUGAGGAUGAGUGCGAUAAAAAGGAAGAGGACGGAGAAAAGAAAACGAAACACAGCAUCGACGGCAUCCUCGGGGACAAAGCUGGAGGAUCAGGAUCAGGGGACAGCGCCGAGGAAGGCUGGCUGGCACAGCUGAUACCUGUCACGCUAACCACACCUUCCCCAUUUCAGUACCUGCUGGGGCCUGGAGGUUCGAGCCCUGUGGUGUGA